AUGUCCUGGAGCCGAGAUGGGUGUGCAGCGCUGCCUGGUAAAGCGCCUCGGUGUAGUUUCGCGACGUCAGCGAGGCCUCUUCGGCAGGCCGGAGCCGAUUCGACUGGAAGACGCGAGGGUGAAAAAGGCGGUGGUCGGCCGCUGUAUGAUGAAUUCGAGCACUUGACUUCUCCCUGCAUGCCCACUUCUGCGAGUACUCCUGGCAAGAUGUCGGCAGCUUCUGGGCACCCAGCCGUGGGGCCCGUCGAUGCGGUAGUGGGAUACACGAGUCAGUCCCUACUGGGACAGCCGGGAUCUAUCAUGCUUGCCAGGCCCUCCGGUAUCCCUGUAAAUGCGCCGCGCGGAAACGAGUACCAGGAGGGCAUUGGAAUGCUUCGUCGCAGAUCACGAAGUCGUGACCCUCCAGUAGGAGAUGUGAGUGAGCCCAACCCCCGUGCGAGCCCCCGCCGGAGGCCGGCGGCCCAUGGAUUCGGUGCAACAGCAGGCUCAAUCUCUGGCACUGGCUCCCCUGGUCGGUGGUUUGCGAAGUCGGAAGGCGCGGAAGGCCUGGACCGUCCUGGCGCAUACAGCUUUAGGGACGUUCGUUUUGCAGGCGUUCCCUAUCCACUCCGACCUCACACGUUCACAGGAUUAACUCAGCCGCCUGUAUCGGCGGCAUGUCCGCCCGUGGGACAUGGUGGAGAUCCACGGCAGCUGAGUCGUGGUGAGGCAGUUUAUCAAGACUCCACGAUGAAGAAUCGCUUCUCAUCUGAAGAACGUGGUGUGGCGCAACCCAGGGAUUUCACGGACUCGGCUGAGGCAAGUCGGUCGGUCAGAAGUUCGCAGGGUGAAACGGUCUGCGGCGGUGCCACGGAGAAAGAUUCCGGAUUUGGAGGACAACCGGGAAGAAAGCGACACGCUGCGGUGUCCGUAUCGGAGGGAAGUCGAGGUUAUGAGCGCCGCCGGAUAAGUCUGUACGCAGACCAGAUCAUCAACUACUCUCACGGCGGGCUGUGCGCCAAACGCGUUCAGGCCGCAUUCAUGAGUGUAGCACGGGCCGCAGGGCAGCCCUUUCUGGUCGUGCCGCGACGAUGCCGCGAGCAAAGCGCGUGGGUAGGCGUCUUCCCCAACGCACCACCGGCGGGCGAGGGGAAGGCGACCUAUGUUCUAAGUCCAGACAACCGCGCCAGUGGAGGGGCAUGGGGAGCCGGGGUCGGCAAUCAUCUUCCGUCAGCGCGCGCAAGUGGGCUCACUCCGUGGGCGUCUGAAGGCUCGGGGGUAGGACCUGUCGAUACAGACGACUCGGUUCUACAUAUGAGCGAGGUCAGCGCAGAUGAAACCGAGGAUGAAAUGGAGGACGGUGAGGUGGAGGAGGCGAAGAAAGACAGUCGAUUCACGCGGCCUCGGGGAGACGAAGCGGCAUCAGGGCCGCCUUCUCAAUCGAACUCAUCUGCAGCGGCAGAUCCAGCUGCAAGAAACAAGGAUUCACUUCCGGUAGCUCCCCCCUUCGGCCAAGCACCAAGCACACAAAGGGAGAACGGCGAGGGAAUAACCAUGCCGCCUCCAACUUGGCCUUUCGGUCCGCCUGGAGGGCUGCCACCGGUCUCGGCGGGCGCAGCUGCGACCGGUGGACGAGACGCGACUUCCUUGCAGAGCUCGAGUUUCGGCAACUCGGCCGGAGCUGUGGCACCAAGAGUUCCAUCAGAGGCUCCUAGCUUACUGGGGCCUCCUCCCGUCGGAGCCCUGUUCAAACCCCCUACAUCGCGGGGGAUGGGCCCCUUCGGGCACCCAGCGAGAAGCGGCAGCGUGGCUUCAGGAGAGCAGCGGCCUCCCGAAGCCGCGCUAAGCAGUUCGCUGUCCACAGUCGCUGGUGACGCCAGCAUGGGUAAUACGGGUUCACUGGCAGUUGCAGCGCAAACACCCGUGGAUGUUCAGGCAGUCGGGACUGCAAGUGCUGCAGAACGUAGCUCAAGUAUGGGUCGCGCGCGACCUGUAGACCCGCGGUUGUUGCGGCAGCGAAAGCAACAGCAGGUGGUGGAUGUGGCGCCCACUGAGUCAGUGCAUGAUAGACCUGAUGCAGCAGGCGAGCUGGCACUACCUGCGAACUUCUCUCCUGAUCUGGUCCAAGAGACAAGUCUUUCGUCGGGACUGAAAGAAAAGGCCACUACUCAGGAAGUCAUUCGGUACGUCAGCUCCUUUGAUGGAAGUGUCCUGGAGCUCAAUAACCCACCGGUACCUCCAGUGCCUGGCACGCUGCCGCCAAGCCUUCAGGGCACGUGUGUCGCGCGGGGGAAGUUACCUCUGCUACUGGAUCUGGACAACACGUUGCUCCACGCGCAGGCGACGGCAGUCACCGGCUGCGAAGUGCGCCUGCAAGACUGGCUUGACUCGUACGGCGAACCUGAGCUGUACCGGUUUGAGUUGCCGUGCAACCGGAAGACCUACUACAUGAAACUGCGCCCGCACUUACGGACUUUUCUGAAGAAGCUGGAGCCGUUCUACGAGAUGAGUGUCUAUACGAAUGCGACCCAAGAAUACGCCGACAUAGUGGUGGCAAUUUUGGACGAAAACCGUCAGCUUUUCCAGGAUAGGAUAGUCGCUCGUGACAGCGGCUUCAGAGGAGAGGCUUCCGAGAACAAAGCUGUUCGCCGUCUGUACGAAGGCAUGGAUAAAAGAUGUAUUGUAGCGUUCGACGAUCGCCAGAACAUCUGGACAGAUCUGCCUCUCACGCAUGUAGUGAAGGCACAACAUUAUGACUUCUUCGAUUCUCACAAAGCGGAGCUGAACGCGUACUACCCACCCGUUUCUAACGGGGUGGGCGGAGGGGCUACGGACAUUCUCGGUGGCAGACAGGGUGACGACGAAGGAGUGAUGGAUCCCAUCAGUUGCUGUUCAGUGUCCCCUUGUCAGGAGCAGCUGCCAGCGAACUCCCCCGUUGAUGAGCAGGAGAGCCGAGCAGCAGCAGAAGGGAAAAAGCCGUGCGACUGGGAUAGGCACCUCGAAUGCAUGCUCAAGCUGUUUUUGCACCUGCAUUUGGAGUUCUUCAAGGACCCAGUCAACGCCAACAUUGGAGCUAUCCUGUGCAAUAUGCAACAGAAGGUUCUCUCUGGUGUAGGGAUCUUCUUUACGGGAUUCCGGAAAACGUUCUCAGCUGGAGCUGCGGUAGCUGACUGCGAAGAAAGGCAAGCCGAACUGGCGCAGCGUCUUGGUGCGAAAGUAUUCAAACGAUAUGAUGAGGAAGGGGUGACCCACGUCGUUGCGGGCAAGAACAACACGAACAACAUGUUGGCCUGCAAGGAGAACCCAAAACUAGCUCGCGUGCAUACGCUCUGGCUUUACUGCUGUGAAGCUGCCCUGGCUCGGGUACCGGAAUCCGCGUUCGAUGCGGACACACUGUGCACGUACUACGACAACAGCCCCCCAAGUGCUCCCUAUCGUGAUCACUGGGUGCACUUAGCCCAGAAAAAGCGAAUUGCAGAGCGGGAACCGCCUCAUCCGUUUCCGCCCGCUGAGAGCCUACCCGUACGCGAAUUUCUCAGCACGGGUCCGUACAGCGAUGGCGCCACACUGACAUCUCCGUAUGAGGAGGUGCUGUUUAUUUGGCGACCGGAGAAACAGACCGUCCGCCAGUUGUACGCAUCAGACGACAGCAGGGGUGUGUCUCUGACAAUGGGGGGCUCAAAGGGAGUGUCGAUUGUGACACCUACGACGGCCACCCACAAUCCACCACUAUGCGGUGCUCUCUGCGGUCCGGGACCGCCAGCUGGCCAGGGCUCUGUGGGUUCCGGCGCACAUCAGCAGCUACAGCGCCUUCACGCCUGA